GGGCCCGGCUUGACUUCAACUUUCAUCAUCGCCAGCGGACAAUGGAGAAGGACAGCGCCACGAAUGCGACGCCCGCAGCGAGCAAGUCGGACGAGGAUGCGCGCUACCAGCGGCGCCUCAAGCUUCGGGAGCUCAACGUGAACCCCGGGAAGCUCGAGUCCUCCAAGCUCGACUCCUCUCUCAAGCGCCAUACCGCCCUCAUUAAGCGGAUGCGCCUCUCCCUCGCCGCGGACAACCGGGAUCAGAUCAUGAAGGACCUCGACACCCUCACACUUGAGAAGUAUAUUGAGGAGAUGCCUAGUGCAGUGCUCGAGGGAAUCUCACGCUGCAAGACCGAGAAGGACGUAUGGAGCGCGGUUGAAAUCGUGUCCGCCCUCCAUCGGCGCUUCCCCGAGAGCUUUACGCCCUCACUCGUCUCCGAUCUAGCAGCCGCCCUUGCUCCCCCCUCUCGCGAAUAUCUGUCAUCCUUGUCCCCCGAACAGCGCGAAAAGGAAGAUGCCGCGCGCAUCUCUCGACAGCGGCCCAUUCUUCGUCUAUGUUCCGAGCUCGCGCUCGUUGGGAUCAUCCGCGAUGCGCCCAAUCGCAGUGGGGGCGAAUGGGUUAUGAAGACAAUCAAAGGAUUGCUUUCCAACGAUCCCACACUCUCGUCACUUCCCCUUCUCUCGACCUUCUUGAAGGCGUAUUCCCGUCCCUUCCUCGGUAUAUCCACAUCCUCCUCCCUCACUAAGCAGCAAGCCUCCGCAGAAGCGGCGCCAGGCGAUCUAUCCUCGACCACCCAAGCGUCUGCCGACUUCCCUACGCUCACCAAAGAUGCAGACGAGCUAGUAGAGCAGGACAUCCGCGACCGCUUUCGCCGCAUGUGCGAGGGCUACUUCGAGAGUGUCUCAAAGAAGCUGCUGAUCGAGCAUAAACGCCUCCAAGACCAGGACCGCCGCAAUCACGAAGCAUACAUCCGCUCGGGCGAGAUCUUUGAGGACAGACAGCAGGCGUACGAGAAGAUGACCAAGAACUAUGAGAAGCUGCUCUCGAGCGUGCAAAUGCUCUCCGAAUUGCUCUCCCUCCCCAUGCCGUCCCUUCCCACCGCAUCACAAAAAUCCGACUCCAUCCUCAUCGGUGGUGCGAGCAGCAGCGUUCUUGGCGGCGACGGCGGCGAAGAGAUCACCAGCGCCGGGAAGUGGGAGGACGAGGAGGAGCGCCGCUUCUACGAGGAUGUGCAGGACCUCAAGGACUUCGUGCCGAAGAGCGUUCUCGGCAUAGAAGGGAAGGAGGGCGAGGACGCGUCGCAGGAAGAGCAGGAGGACGAGGAAGAAAGACAAGCGCGCGAGAAGGAGGAGGUCAAGAAGCUCGAGGAGGAGUUGCAGAAGUUGGAUGUUAAUGGCGCGGCUCCUUCAGCUCCUGCUAGAGUGGACGAUGAGAGCAAGGAUGAUGAGCCGGAUGAUGAGGGGCUUGCUACGCCCACGCCAGGCACACCGAAGGCUACCACGCCGCCCUUGUCGCCGCAUGUCGCUCCGCAGGGCCCGUCUCAAAUGCUGACGGCACUGCUCGCGAGACUCUCAGACGCCACAAACCGUGCUAUGAUCGACCAGGCGGCCAUCGACUUCGCUUUCCUCAAUACCAAAGCGGCGCGGAAGCGGCUCGUCAAGUUCCUCUCCCAAGUACCCAAGAACAGGACCGACCUCCUGCCGCACUACUCCCGGCUCGUGGCCACGCUCAACAAGUACAUGCCGGAUAUCGGGACGGAGCUGGUGUCGAUUCUCGACGAGGAGUUCCGAUACCUGCAGCGGAAGAAGAAUGUGGUGAAGGAGUUGUCGGAGGUUAGGUUGAAGAACAUCAUGUUCCUGUCGAACUUGACGAAGUUCCGAGUGGUACCGGCCCAUGUCAUCCUGCACAUGUUCAAGGUUUGCUUGGACGACUUUUCGGGGACGAACGUCGACAAUAUUGCCCUGCUGCUGGAGAACUGUGGGCGCUUUCUGCUACGAAGCGAUGAUACGAGAGAGCGCUUUGCGACGAUGCUCGAACUCAUGAGGCGCAAGCAGAGUAUGCAGCACUUUGAUCAGCGGCAAACGUUGCUUCUCGAGAAUGCUUAUUAUCAGUGCAACCCUCCGGAACGGGCACCUAUCCGUGUCAAGGAGCGCACGCCCAUGGAGCUCUUCAUUCGGCACCUCAUCUACGACGUCCUCACCAAGCGCACCAUCGACAAAGUCCUCAAGCUCAUCCGCAAGCUCGACUGGGCCGACCCCGCCGUCGUGCGCGCCCUGCACAAGGUCUUCACGAAGCCCUGGAAGAUGAAGUACGGGAGCAUCAGCUUCCUCGCGAUGCUCGUGUACGACUUGCAGCGCUACCACCUCGAGUUCUCGAUCGGCGUCGUCGACCAGGUGUUGGAGGACGUGCGAAGGGGCCUGGAGCACAACAUCUAUAAGCUGAAUCAGCAGAGGGUGGCGACGGUGAAGUAUCUCGGGGAGAUGUAUAUCUACCGGCUGUUGAGCUCGAGCAUCGUGUUCGACACGUUGUGGUCGUUGGUGACGUUUGGGCAUCCGGAGGGACGGCCCCUACCACGCCAGCCAUGUCCUCUGGACAUGCCCGACGAUUUCUUCCGCAUACGUCUUGUUUGCGUCUUGCUCGACACAUGCGGCAUGUGCUUCGAUCGAGGGACGCAGAGGAAGAAGCUGGACAACUUCUUGACGUUCUUCCAGUACUAUGUCCAUUGCAAGGAACCUUUACCCAUGGACGUCGACUUCAUGCUGUCAGAUUCAAUGGAGGCUGUCCGUCCCAAGCUAACCUUCGCGAAAUCCCUGGAGGAAGCCGCGGUGGCUGUCGAUGAGAUGAUAAACAAUGCAUUCCAGACAGGGCCGGCAGAUGCCACCGAUGGGGAGGAUAGUGGCGAGGACAGCGGAGAUGAAGAAGAGGAAGGCCUCGACGAGGAUAAAGAAGAGAAGGAAGAUAAGGAGGAAGAUGAGGAAGACACAGACGCUCUCGACUCGCCGACGGACGAACGCGCACCCUCCCCAGAUGAUGACCAUGUCGUCUUUUCUGGCUCGACCUCGCACGAAAAUCUCGGUCCAUCAGAAGAGGCAGACGCCGAAUUUGCAAAGGAGCUGGCAAAGAUGGUCAUGGACACCUCGGCGGAGUCGCGCAAGGUGGACAAGAAGACUGCGCUCGCGUUGUGGGACUCUGCGGUACUACCUCAAGGACUUAGGAGGAAGAAGGGGGAGGAGGCCGACGGCGAAGGCGCGGCGCCCGAGGAAGAAGGGAUGAAGUUCACUGUCAUCACUCGACGAGGCAACAAGCAGCAGACGCGGCAACUGGCGGUUCCUACCGAGUCGCCGCUGGCCGUGUACACACGGACCGCACAGAUGCAGGAUAAGGUGGAACAGCAGCACCUCAAGCGCUUGGUUCUGGACUACGAGCAGCGUGAAGAAGCCGAAGAGUGGAAAGCGUUGGAACAGCGCAGUCGCUUGGGAGGUGGCAUCAAGAUUCGCUACGUCGGGUGAUACGUGCUGUGUCCGACUACACUGCGACCAAAGGAGAAAGACCCACAUCCGAAACGUAUCCCGUGGCUCUCGAGAUUUGGGUGCGCCACCGCACCGCUGCAUGUGCUCCGCGCCAUGGAGCGGCGGCUCUAGUCUGGGGCCGCCAUUGUUCUACUGAUUCCCCGUCCCCGCAAAUGCGGGACCGGGCGCCAGGUGCUGUGCGUGCUGCACGCAUGACAUGUCGUCUGUCGUCGAUCCCCCGGCUCUGCCGUCCACCCUGGGGACGCAGGCUCCUCAGUCAGGCGCGGCGCAGGCGAGCGUGCCAUGGUAGACACCCAGAUAGACUGUUGAUAGCGGACGUAAUUGAUUGAUUGAUCCGGGUCCUGAA